ACAACGACCCAUCAAAAUGCUGGAAACUUUUUAAGGCUAGUGGGGCCGAGCAAUUCAAACAACUGAAGCAAAUAAUCCAAGUCGAACUUAACAUUGUUAAGAAUCCCAACUGGCCGGAGGCAAACCAGUUGGCUAUUUACAAGCGUGGCCGCUGGAUUUGAACUCGGGGCUACUGUGAAUCAAAUCAAGGUAGUGGUUAGAGCGGAACUCGAACCCGUGACUGCUGAAUUGCGAGUCCGACGCGCUGACCUUUCACUGAGUUUAGUUUACAUGGAACAGUCAGAAUAUGGAAAAACACAUAAGUGUAACUCAAACACAUGAUUCUUUGCUUCUUCUCAGUUUUGCAGGAUUUGAUGUUAUGACACUAGCCAAUAAUCACUUGAACGACUUUGGUUCAGAAGGAGUCAACUUUACUGUUGACGUUCUUAAAAAGACGAGAGUGAAAUAUUUUGGCGUCACUUAUGGCAAAUAUGACUCUUCUCAGGAACCUUUGAUACUGGAACGACGCGGAAUAAAGAUAGGGUUUCUUGGUUACUGUGAUUCCAUAACCGCGGCCAUAGACAAAAACUGUACCGAAAUGAGAAUGUUGUUCAAUUCUGGUCCUGCUCUUUACCGAGAUGACAUCGCCACAAGAGACUUCAACAAGCUAAAACAGGCUAAGGUAGACAUCAUAGUCGUCUUUAUACACUAUGGUCAAGAACGCUGCUUAGGCCCGCGUCCCUACCAGCAUCGUAUUAACAAACACCUGAUGUCACUUGGUGCACACGUCAUCAUUGGAUCACAUCCUCACGUGCUACAACCACACUGUGUUACUGAAGACAACAAGGUGAUAGCACACAGUCUGGGGAAUUUCUUGUUUUACCCAAACCGUCCUAUCGGUGGCGGCAAUCCGGAAGUUUAUGGACGUUUGGGUAACAAACCUGAUAAACUCUUGAUAGAAUCCUACGAACACUUUGUACUUGAAAGCCCUGAGAAUUUAAAAGCGUCCCGUAUGCUGAAAGUUACCAUCUCAAGGAGUGGCAUUGUGGGAGCAAAAUAUCUGCCCCUGAAAGUCGCAUUUGAUCCGAAAACCAAGCGAAUUCACCCUGAACCGAAAAAGAAAGCAAAAUGGAUUCUCGUCUGCGGAGUUGAAGAUAAGCAAUGCCAACCAUGUCAUAAGAGUUGAAAGGAGAUAAGGAAAACCACACACCUGCCGUCUUUUUACAAGUUAUUUUCUAUUUCAAGUUAAUUACUGCAAGAGUGCUAAAUAAUGUACCUCUGAUUUGAACCGUUUAGCUAUUUGAUCUUCAUUUAAUUCCCUUAAAAAAACGUUAAGAUUCAUUAGCUUUCAAUAAUUAAGCUUGCGAGCAAGCUCUAUGGCUUGCAGGCAAACUGCAAGCUAAUACAUCUUGGCUUAUACUAUCCAGGAGUUUUGCUUUAACGUAUCUACAACAAGCUGGCAUCAGUGUGUAGAAGAUCUUACCUACCAUCUUCCCAUAUCUAGCGCCUUUUGAAAAGUUGCAGACCGUUAAUUUAAAAAAUAUACAUUUUUUUUUAAAUUCUAAACAUGUUUGUCAGAUUCUCGGCGGUUUCUCCAUUCCAAACCAUAAAGCUGCAGUCGAACCAUACGGCCUGUCGAACUAAACAGACCUACGCCCGAUAUAAGAUGGUGGAUAAGCAUCGAGGUGCGUAGCGCCGAGCUGGCUAUAAUCAUCUCAUAUUCAACAAGCGCGAGUGGAAUAACUUUUAUUAAAAACGCCCACAAAAUAUGACAAUGACAAUGACAAUGAUAAUCAUAAGCAUAGUAAUAGCGAUAGUGAGUGAUAGUGAUAGUGACAAUGAAAAUGAAAAUGAAAAUGAAAAUGAAAAUGAUAACGAUAACGAUAAUGAUAAUGAUAAUGAUAACGACGACGACGAUGAUGAUGAUGAUGACGAUGGACUUGUUUAAUAACACGUUAUUUUACGAGGGCAAAAUUGAUUACUGAUGACCCAAUAGUUUACAUAAGAGCCGUCCCUAAGCCAAUCUAAAAUCAGAGUGUAUACCUAAAAUAGUUACUAAUAAAUUAAUCAAUACGUGUAAACUGAAUUAAUACUACUCAAUUAAUCAAAACUAAACAAACUAACAAUAAAAACGCCUCAAAAAAUCAUGCGUACACUUACCAUGUUAGUUGAGCAUGGUCUAAUAGACAAUUAGAUUAUGACCUCGAGAUUUUUAUUUAAAGAAUAGAGUGUUUCUACCGAGGAGCUAUCGGCUGA